CAGCGCGGGGUCCUGCGGGGGCGGCAGCUCCGGUACCGGGCCCUACCGGACGGGGCGGGGGGGGAGUGUCCCGGUGCGGGCCAUGGCGGCGGCGGCGGCGGCGCCGGGCUCCAACUGGGGCCUGAUCAUGAACGUGGUGAACAGCAUCGUGGGCGUCAGCGUGCUCACCGUGCCCUUCUGCUUCCGCCAGUGCGGCAUCGUCCUGGGAGCCUUGCUGUUGGUUUUCUGCUCGUGGAUGACUCACCAGUCCUGCAUGUUCCUGGUGAAAUCGGCCAACCUCAGCAAGCGCAGGACCUACCCCGGCCUCGCAUUUCACGCCUAUGGAAAAGCAGGAAAAAUGUUGGUGGAAACAAGCAUGAUCGGGCUGAUGCUGGGAACUUGCAUUGCUUUCUAUGUUGUCAUUGGUGACUUGGGGUCCAACUUCUUUGCUCGGCUGCUCGGAUUCCAGGUGUCUGGCAGCUUCCGCAUAGUCCUGCUCUUCGCCGUCUCCUUGUGCAUUGUGCUUCCCCUGAGCCUGCAGAGGAACAUGAUGGCCUCCAUCCAGUCGUUCAGCGCCAUGGCGCUCAUCUUCUACACCGUGUUCAUGUUCGUGGUCGUGCUGUCGUCCUUCAAGCACGGCCUCUUCAGCGGGCAGUGGCUGCAGCGAGUUAGCUACACUCGCUGGGAGGGCAUCUUCCGCUGCAUCCCCAUCUUCGGCAUGUCUUUUGCCUGCCAGUCUCAGGUCUUGCCUACCUAUGAUAGCUUGGAUGAGCCGUCUGUUAAAAUCAUGAGCUCCAUAUUUGCUUCUUCCCUAAACGUGGUCACCACCUUUUACAUUACGGUGGGGUUCUUUGGCUACGUGAGUUACACUGAAGCCAUUGCUGGGAACGUCCUAAUGAACUUCCCUUCCAACCUUGUGACGGAGAUGAUUCGCGUGGGAUUCAUGAUGUCGGUAGCCGUGGGGUUUCCGAUGAUGAUUCUCCCGUGCAGACAGGCGCUGAACACCCUUCUCUUUGAGCAGCAGCAGAAAGACGGCACCUUCGCUGCGGGGGGCUACAUGCCCCCGCUCCGCUUUAAAGCCCUGACGCUGGCCGUUGUGUUUGGAACCAUGAUCGGAGGCAUCAUGAUCCCCAACGUGGAAACAGUCCUGGGCCUGACAGGUGCUACGAUGGGAAGCCUCAUUUGCUUCAUCUGCCCGGCUCUCAUCUACAAGAAGAUCCACAAGAAUGCGCUUUGUUCACAGAUCAUCCUGUGGAUCGGCCUGGGAAUGCUGGUUAUUAGCACGUACACCACCUUGUCUGCGACCGAGGACGCCCCUGUGAAGACAGAAGCGGUGGGCUUGGAGCACCUGGAAAGAGAGGAGAGCAGAAUGGACCAGGACCCUGUCAAAAUCCCAGAGCAGAACCCCGCAGCCGAGGAGGCGGAGGAUGACCGCGAUAAACCGAAGCUGCUGGACGAGAAGGAAGAGAUGGAGCAGCCGCAGAUCAAGGUGCCCAUGGAGGUACCCAAGAGAGACGAGGAGAGAGGGAAGCCGGAGGAGAAGGUGCAGCUCGACCGGCCCGACCAAGGGAUCGCCCUGCCCGUGGGGGAAGCGCACCGCCACGAGCCGCCCGUGCCGCGCGACGAGGUGCUGGUGGACACGGGACGGGAGCGGGAGGAGUCCGACGAGAGCAAGCUCGCGCUCGGGGGAGCCCAAGCCAACGCGCUGCAGGAGCCGGCCGAGCCGAAUCCCCAGGAAGAGGCGCUUGGCCCGAAACAAGGGAAGGAAGCGGUGGCCGAGAACCGACCGCGGGCAGGGACUGACGAGCCAGCGAAGAAUCCGAAGCGCGGCCUGGAGGCGAAGGUGCAGCGGGGUGGCAGGCCGCCCUACAAGGAGCAGCAGCCGGACAAACAAGCGCUGGGCGCCAAGGCGCAGGCUGCCCUGCCGGACGGUGAGAAGAAAGCUGAGGCUGGGGAGAAAGCAAAGCUGCAGCCUCCCAGGAAAGCGGAGGAGGCCGCGAAGGCUGCAGAGGAGGAAGCCGAGCCCGGUGAGAAGCCGGAGCUGCCCCUCCCGGACCGAGCGGCUCCGGCCCAGCCCCAGCAGCCGGAGCCGAGGGAGAGCAGGAACGCGGAGGAGAAGCAACCCGAGAACGCGGAGAGCAAGCUGGAGGAUGCUGGGCAGGCGAAACUGCUCGAUCACGCUGUGCUGCUGCAGGUGAUCAAAGAACAGCAAGUGCAGCAGAAGCAGCUACUUGACCAGCAGGCAAAGCUGCUGGCUGUAAUUGAAGAGCAGCACAAGGAGAUCCACCAGCAAAGGCAGGAGGAGGGAGGAGAGGAGAAGCCAAAGCAAGCAGAAAUGCAACAGGAGCCCGCCGCGCCUCUCUCCAAGAGCAAGGAGGAAGAGAGCCCGGGAGCUAAACAAGAAGCUGCCGCGAAGGCACCGGGUAAGGAGCCCCCGGAGCCCCCCGUGCCGGGGCUGGGCAGGCAGCCUGCGGAGUCAGCCGAGCAGCGCAGGGGCACGGCAGGAAGGCUGGAAGAGGCUGGGCACAGGCGCGAGGUUCCUGGGGUUCCUCCCAAGGAGCGGAAGGUGCUGCAACAGGAGAACGACAGAGCUGUUAAAAACGCCGGGGAGAACUGGGAUCCCCACCGCAGGGAUGCCCAAGAUGCGCCGGCAGCCAGAAACCACCUAGAAAAGAAGCCCUUGGCGGAGGAUUUAGGAGGAGGUCACGAAGCCAAAGCUGGAAGAGACGUCCACGAGAAGAAUUCCCUGAAAGCUGUGGAAGCGGCCACAGCUCCCAUCCAAAGAGAACAGCUGGGGGCUGCCAAAGUUCAGAGAGUAGUAGGAAAGAGCCUGGAAAGAGACUCGGGAGUAGACCUGAAAGCCAAAGCUCUGAGUCAGGUGGAGCCCAAAGACCUGGCAGUUGCGCUGGACUCCUCGAGCAAACUGAACGUGGCAGGGAGUGAGCGGCACCGACGGGAGCAGCAGAGAGCUGCAGACAGCGAGGGGGCCGAGGGGGCCGGCAGGCAGCAGCAGGCCUCGCAGGGGCACGUGGCUAGCAAAGGGCAGGGGAAGGAGGAAGAUCCUGGGGAGAACGCGGCGGACGCGGCCCAGGACCCUCAGGGAGGCCUCCGGAGCAAGCAGAGGCAGGCGGAAGGGAGGCUCCUGAACGACGCCGAGAAGAAACCGGGCCCUGAGAACGCCGCCGAGAAGCCCGAGAGAGGAGCAGCCACCCACGGGGACCACCGGCAGGACCACGACCUCAAACCCAACCGGGACCUCAAGCUGCAGGCGGACCUCGACCUGCGCCGCCGGAGACGGGCCCUGCUGCCCGAGGAGGAGGAGGAGGAGGAGGAGGAGGCGGCGGCGGCGGCGCAGGGGGCGGGGGUCUUCAUCGGCCUGAACCCCCUCCCCGACGUGAAAGUGAACGACCUCCGCAGCGCGCUGGAGACGCGCCUGAGCCAGGUGGCGGAGGGGGCGCAGCAAGUGGUGCGCAGCCGGCGGCUCAGGCAGCUGGCCGAGGCGGACGGCAGCGUGUGAGCGGCGCGGGGGCGGCCGGCGGGGCCCUGCGGGGAAGGCUCGAGGCGGGCAGCGGUGCCUCUGAGCCCGCAGCACGUUGCGGGACCCUCGGAGCCGCCGGUGCUCUGCGGGGGUGCCACCGCUCUGCCCCGGGCGGCUGCGGGGAUGGCGGCCGAGGGAGGACAGCGCCCAAAGGCUGCCCGCUGCCUUUCAGGGGCUGCCACCGAGCCGGGCUCCCUGCCCGGGCGGCUCUCGAGGGCCCUUUUCACAUCUCCUUCCUCUCAAAUCGCCUUCUCCCCCCGGCUCGCGGCUCCCCUUUCAGAACCGAGGGGCUCGUCCACGAGCUUCCCCUGCCUGGAAAGGAUUCCCUGGUGUGCUGGGGUCCCCCCACCCGGCCCCCACCCCGCUCUGGGGCAGCGGGGGCAGAUUUCUGCCUCGGGGAGGUUUCCUUCGGGAGCAGCUCCAGGCCAGGCUGCCUCGAGGACAGGCGUAGCCGAGUGUUCGGUGUCCCUCCUGAAAUGGGAGCUGUCAGCCCCGCGUGUUUAGGAGAGGGCUGUGGUUUAGGAACCCAGUUCAGUAGAAACGCUGCCUUAAACGGGCACAACUGCUGCUGUUGUGCUGCCUCUACUCCCAGGGAUUCAGCUGGUCGGCCACGCACCAGCAAUAACGACGGGCUUGGCGCUCUCCACCCUCUGGACGCUCGCGCUCUCAUCUCUUUUCAAGCUUCGUUUCUCCUGGCCAAAGUGCAUUACAAAGCUCAGCCCGGGGACUGCAGGCUGCCCCCCCCCCCCCCCCCCGCCUUGAUUUUUCUGCAAGAAGUGACUAAUUUAGGAGCAAAAAGAAAAAAAAAAAAAAAGGGCAGACUGGGGGGGCUUGGCUCAAGCAAACCUACCUCUUCUCUGACUCGAUGGAGCCGUUUGUUUCGUGUGUUCUGCCCAGCCUCGUUCUGUGCCGUGUUUUGCAUCCCUACGUGUCAGUUCCCUGCCCCCGUGUUUUACGAGCAAGGAAAGGAAGAGCUGCUCUCAGAGCCCUGGCUUGUCCCGGGCUCCCAGACAGUGAUUCAUCCCAUUGUUGUUUAUUUUUACAUCCUGACUUGCGAAUGUAAGAAAUAAAAUCCCAAAGCUCUCGCUAGAACGGCUGAAACUUCCCAGCCCGGAGCCUACAGACCUCA